AUGUACGCCUUUGUGCGGUUCCUGGAGGACAACGUCUGCUACGCGCUGCCCGUGUCGUGCGUGCGCGACUUCAGCCCCCGCUCCCGGCUGGAUUUUGACAACCAGAAGGUGUACGCCGUGUACCGGGGCCCGGAGGAGCUGGGCGCCGAGCCCGAGAGCCCCCCGCGCGCCCCCCGCGACUGGGGCGCGCUCCUGCUGCACAAGGCCCAGAUCCUGGCGCUGGCAGAAGACAAAUCUGACCUUGAAAACAGUGUGAUGCAGAAGAAAAUAAAAAUACCCAAACUUUCUCUCAAUCACGUAGAAGAAGAUGGGGAGGUUAAAGAUUAUGGGGAAGAAGAUUUACAACUUAGACAUAUCAAGAGACCCGAGGGGCGGAAGCCGAGCGAAGUGGCGCACAAGAGCAUCGAGGCCGUGGUGGCCCGGCUGGAGAAGCAGAACGGGCUGAGCCUGGGCCACAGCACAUGCCCGGAAGAGGUCUUCGUGGAGGCCUCGCCGGGCAUGGAGGACAUGGACAGUCUGGAGGAGGCCGUGGUGCCCCGGGCUCUGUAUGAGGAACUGCUGCGUAACUACCAGCAGCAGCAAGAAGAAAUGCGCCACCUCCAGCAGGAGCUGGAGCGGACUCGGAGGCAGCUGGUACAGCAGGCCAAGAAGCUCAAGGAGUAUGGUGCUCUCGUGUCAGAAAUGAAAGAGCUGCGAGAUCUCAAUCGAAGACUCCAGGAUGUGCUGCUUCUGAGGCUUGGCAGUGGUCCCGCCAUUGACUUGGAAAAAGUAAAGUCAGAAUGUCUCGAGCCUGAGCCGGAGUUACGGAGCACUUUCAGUGAGGAAGCAAAUACGUCGUCCUAUUACCCGGCUCCUGCACCUGUCAUGGACAAGUAUAUCCUAGACAAUGGCAAGGUUCAUCUGGGAAGCGGGAUUUGGGUUGAUGAGGAGAAAUGGCACCAGCUACAAGUAACCCAAGGAGAUUCUAAGUACACAAAGAACUUGGCAGUCAUGAUAUGGGGAACAGAUGUUCUGAAGAACAGAAGCGUCACAGGAGUUGCCACAAAAAAAAAGAAAGAUGCCGUCCCAAAGCCACCCCUCUCACCUCACAAACUGAGCAUUGUCAGAGAGUGUUUGUAUGACAGAAUAGCACAAGAAACUGUGGAUGAAACUGAAAUUGCACAGAGACUCUCCAAAGUCAACAAGUACAUCUGUGAAAAAAUCAUGGAUAUCAAUAAAUCCUGUAAAAAUGAAGAACGAAGGGAAGCAAAAUAUAAUUUGCAAUAAACUUUGGAUUUUUCAUAAGCCUUCUUGUUUUCCUUGCGUGGCGUGUGAUUUGCGGCCUAGUGCCAUCCAAAUCAGUCUCCACCAUGCAUGGUGGUGUGUGGGCAGGGAGCCAUUCGGGUUCUGGGGUCAGCAGCUUGUUCUGAACUUGGACUUCUCACUCCUAAGAAGGCAGCUGGACUUGUUGAAAUUUGGAACACCACCUCCAGCUCGGGAACAGCGCUCUCUUCUGAAGGGCAGUGAGUGUCUUUGCGUUGCCUACCACAUGAACCAGAAUUUGAACUGACAUUUUUACCAUUCAAGAACUUCUUUCUCUGUUCCUCUAUUUUGCUCUAUAAUAAAACUCCAUUAAUUCUU